AUGCCGUCCACGCGCGCGCUCCGGCGGUUCGACCCGCGACGGUCGCCGCCGCCACGACAGAGCUCGCAGGCGGCGGCGGCGGCCGCGAAGGAGGAGGAGGAAGCGAGCCCGUGGCUGCCGUCCUCAUCCUUCACCUCGUCGUCUUCCUCCUCGGCCUCCGCGCUCUUCAAGCACUCCGCCGCCUUGUCGGCGGCUGGGCCGAGGGGCGGAUCGGGGACGCGCGUGUACCCGCUGCGGGACUUCCCGGGCGGGGACGCGGCCGCGCUCGGCGGCGCGUUCCGGGACAACGUGCGGUGGCUCCUGAAGCAGUGGAGCUGCGCACCGGGUUCCGGGUCGGCGUGGCGCGCGCUGCUCUCGGACGAGCGCACGGGCGCCUUAGUUCCCAUCGUCGCCGUGGAGGAGCUCGCCGCGGCGUCGCCCUCGCCGCUCUGCGAUCUCUGUCGCUGCGCCGGUUGGAGCCACCACUGGGUGUCAAAGCGGAAGUACCAUUUCAUCAUUCCGGCAGUGGUCGACUGGGACCAGCCAAUCAGGGCUGAUGCGUUGCUUGGGCACACCGAUCACCUCCUACAGGGUCUGAUCCAUAGUAAUGGCUUUGGUCACCUUGUGACUCUCCAUGGUCGUGAUGGUGGCUCCACUUUCCUCUCUGGCUGCCAGAUCAUGGAUAUAUGGGAUCAGCUUUGCGCAGCUCUCCGUGUAAAAGCCGUCUCUGUUGUCGACUUGACCCAGAAGCACUCUGUGGACCUCCGCCUCCUGCUUGGAGUGGCACAAGGCAAGACAUGGUUCACUCGCUGGGGGUACUGCCUUGCCAAGGGUUGUUUCAGCGUGUCUAGGUCCACUUAUGCUGCUGCACUUGAAGCCCUUGCUACCCUGCCUGUUGAUUGUCUCCGUAGUCGUCAUGUCCGUCGUGUGGUCACCAUCUACCGCCGCCUCUCCAACAAACCUCUGGCUACAGUCCGUGAGUUCCUCCUCUGCCUCCUUGAUUGGAAGCACCUUGAGGCCCCGCUUUCUCCUCCUCCCGUGAAGACAUCCCCACGGCUGAUGUUCUUGCUGCCAAAGUCAUGUAUGGUGAAGAGGCUCAGGCAGCCAUACCAACGCUUUGAGGACGUAGUUGACCUGCUUGAGUGUCGGUGGUCAAAGAAGCGUCUGCUUAGUGCUGCAGAGGUUGUUGUUGAAAAGCUGCGGGAGCAUGCCGAUGGCACAAGGAUAACACGGCAGGCAGUGCGAGAUGCUGCCAGGGGUGCCAUCGGUGACACUGGUCUCCUGGACUUCGUCAUCAAGUCCCUCAAUGACACUGUUGUUGGUAACCACAUUGUGCGCCGCGUGCCUGACCCUGAGAACCGUGUGCUUCACUUCAGCCUUGAGGAAUAUGCUGAGCCUGAGCCACAGCCGCAGGCAGAUCAUGAGCUUGAGCCAGUGGAAGUUGAUGCAGAGCACAGCCCUCCUGCAGUCCGAUGGCCAAACACAGCAGAGGCGGAGCGGGAUCUGCGUGCUGUGUGCCGAGCCAUGGUGGAGGCACGCAGUGAAGCAGCACAGGCUGUACUGGACUGCAAGCACUGGGUGAAAUGGUGGGGCCUUAGGGAUGAGUCUGAUGACCAGCUAAGGUUCCUUGUUGAGUGGCGACCACAGCCAUGGGAGGCUACUGAACUUACAAGGCCAAUGCCGCCAGGGGAUAUCGUGGUGGUACCCCUGCAUACAUCCAUAGGUGAGCUGCUUGUUGAGGCGGAGCAUGCAUUGCGAGAUACAUACUGCUUCUUUGAGGAUUUCCAGGCCGAGUCACUGGAUGGCAUUGCGGGGGAUAAAUGGGAUCCGGUGAUGCUUGGUGGAGCAGAGUCUGGUGACACCAUCGGUGUGCAUGGCCACGGAGCGGACAUGGAGACUGGGCUGCGGUGCCAGGGAGGUGCAGAUGCGUGGGAGGUGCAGUGUGUUUGUGGUGCACAGGACGACGAUGGGGAGCGCAUGGUGGCAUGCGAUGCAUGCAAUGUCUGGCACCACACACGCUGUGUCGGCAUUGCAGAUGGUGCUCCGGUACCACCAUUAUUUCUCUGCAUAUCCUGUAGUGGCGCGCUCAUGGCCGCUGGACCAAUUUCUGGAUGA